AUGUAUAUUCUUCAAACAACCACAGCUGUUCUGAUUGCAUUCCUUGCGAUUCUUGCAUACAAUGAAGUUAGGAAUCGUUUGGUGAGAAACUGGCCUAGGAGAAAAGACUUGGAAACACCACACAGUCCUAUAAGACCUGUUGCCAGCGAUAUCAAGCCAUUCAUUCCGGACCACAGUUUGAACAAGUCUCUUGAUUCCGUUGAACCGGAUGUCAUCGAUGAAGAUCUAGCAAGAUUCAAACAGCUCUACUACAAGCUACACAAUCUGGAGUAUUACCCCGAAAUUAUACCCGAGUGUCGCGAACUGCUUUUGGGCUUAUUCUCUUCAACGAUUGCCGACGCAAUCAAGGAACCAGACAACACUAUUCUAUCUGUCGAGCGCUUUUCACCGGACAGUCUGAAAGGCUUUCUUGCAGCAAAAGAUGUCGAUGUCACUAACCGGUGGGAGGAGUACCUCGCUCGGCGGCGGGGUGGAGAGCCGCGUGAGAUGUUCGGAGACAAAGAGGAGGCGAAAUGGUGGCUAAAACAAGCUGCCCCUGUCAAAUACGUGGAUGGUGCCUGGCUUGGACACAUUAACAAGAUUAGCACACCGUUCAAGUACCGUCAGAUUACCAAGAACGCUUGGCAGGUUAUGUCUGAAGAACUGGGAGACGGGGAUGUUGCAAAGAACCAUGUCCAUGUCUACCGGGAGUUGAUGGAAGACAUUGAUGCCAGGCUACCUGAGGCCGAUUCGCAAAAUUUCAUUCAUCCCCGCCAUGGAUUGAACGAAGUGCGUUGCUGGAAAGCCGCCAUGGCCCAACUCACAAUAUCCCUCUUCCCACACGACUUUCUGCCCGAGGUCCUGGGGUUUAACAUGGCGUACGAGAGUCUACCUCUCCAUCUACUGAAGACCGUCAAGGAACUCCGUGAACUACGCCUGAACCCGUAUUAUUUCGAACUCCACAUAUCCAUUGAUAAUGCAGACUCGGGUCAUGCCGCCAUGGCCAUGGCUGCAGUGUCAAACUACAUAAACUUAGUAGCAGAAGACCAAGGCGAAGAAGCAGCUCACAUUGCUUGGAAACGUGUUCAAGCUGGAUACAUUCUUGCCGAGGGCUUACCUACGACACCCGAGAGUCCAUCACUCAAGUCAAAAGUCGAGGAACCGUUCCCCCGCACCGACACAGAAGCCCAAGUAGUUGCCAUCUAUGCAGCCAAAAGCUCCGUCGCCCACAAAAUUCACUGUAACAGCCGACUUAAAAUCGGCAGACGUUCCCUCGUAGAUUGGCUAGAACCAAACGCCUUCAAAAACCCAACAUGGCAGCGAGACUUCCUCCACGACCUCAGCAACUGCAAACCCUGGGUAAUCAAAGGCCACAGCACCCAAAGUCGGCUCAUCAAAGAACUGUCCUGGGAAGGCAAAAUGUUCGGCAGCUUCACCGAAAACGAAGUAGGCAUCGUCUCCGCCUGGAUCAACGAGCUCGCUUCCCCACCAGCCGCAGUCGCAACUUCGGACCUCGAUGCAGAAAAAAAAGCCUACUACUGGGACUUUACCGGCCAAAUCUCCGAACCCGAUGAUAACAAUGUCGACGUCGGCUUGCGUGCAGAGCGCCUGGACAUUCUUACCCACUACCCGGUUUUUCGCCCGCAGGAGCAUCUCACGGAUCUUGCUGCGCGCCUAUCGAGCGAUCUUGCAAUCGACUGCGUGCCGAAAUUUGAAUUUAGUAAAUUGCAUCUAGGCAGUCUGCUCCCGCUAUGGUUCGUGUCGCCGGCGCUGCUAGAAGGCCUACCGGCCGUGCCUGUUCGCGCUGCGAGCACGUUUGGAUCUGCUGUUGUUCGUAUUCUGCGGGCUCAAGCUGGGUUCAGCGCUGAAGGGGUGGGCGUAGCGGGCAUGGAUGAGGUGCACCGAACCGAUGAUGGCGAGGCGGUUGGCAUCGUGGAGCUUGGCUUGGAGUUGUGCCGUAAUGCAGGCAUCCAGCAGCCGUGUGAUUUGCGCAAGGCAGUGUCGCUGGGCGAGCCCGAGUCAGCUGCUUUUGCGGAAUGGAUGAUUGCGACGAGUAUGCGGUGGCUCGUGCAUCGGGAUGCCCUUAUUGGUAUGACUUGGGCGUUUAUGGAACUACACGAGGCCUGGGCCCAGUGCAAAGGAGAAGUCACGUUGUUAUCUACCAGGAGCAUCGCGAUCUUGCAGGAGAUUGCGAUUAGAGAGAGGAAGAGUCUGCAAACAUGUAGGAGCGAGAUAUACCAGCAUAGUCAGCGUCGGGUGGAUUUUCUCAAGGGAGUUGCAAUUGGUCGGCAAGCUGUCGAGUCAUGUUUUACACAAGAGGAAGAAGUCACUCAAAGGUAG